UUUCUGUCUGUCUUUCUCUUGGCUCCUCACGUUCGUUUCCGUUUGCCUUCGAGAAUACCACCUAAGAAACCACCUCGACCGCCUUCACAAAAACCUCAACCUCAACACCCCAGCAUCAUGAAGUGGUCUCUUCUCCUCGUGGCGGCUUCUGCUGUCCUCUCUGCGUCGGCCCUGCCGAUAUCUUCCAUCUCGCCAAAUGGCCCAUGCCCCGACGCCAAGGUCGACGCUAUCCUCAAGGGCGACAUGGAUGCCUCGGAGUGCUGCUCUUACGGCGUCUGCAAAGGCGACGUAGUCGUAUCUGUCGGCUAG